CAACGACGCCUGCUGACUGCUGCUGAGCGCACCUGCGACGCGGUCCACUUCCCACGACCCCAAAGACCUCGACUGCAGGCCUGCAUCCAGCUUGGGUGCGCCAACCAACUUCCCCAAUGAUGCGCAGCAACCCCUCCUCCGCGAUGCAGAAGACGUACGACGAGUGCUUCUUGACCUGUUCCACUGCCGUCUACUUCGAGAGCCAGAACAACGAAGCCGAAGCCUUGCGGUCCUGGCGCGACGCCCUCGAUCAGAUCUACUACCACAACGCCUACCGCGUCCCUGCCACCUACCGCCCACGGUCCGAGACCGAGAAAGCCCUCCAGGACUCGUUACACUCCCUGGAGCUGCAAUGCAAGGAGCGCGUUGACCUGCUGGAAGCCCUGAAGCGAAGCCGUGAAGAAGCAAAGAGGGCUGAGGACGACCCUAGUGCCAGUAGUUCCCUACCUUCUGCCCCUGCAAACCCGUUCAGCGAUACCCUACGAGCUCCAGGAGCUCCAGAGAGCGAGAGGAGUGGCUGGCUUGGGGGAGGAACGAUCCCCGUUGUUGGGUACACAGACCUUUCACGCCCGCCUCUACCUCAACGGCCGUCGAUUCAGCCACGAAAAAGCUCUGGAACGGAACAGUCUCGGUCCAAGGCUAUACCACCGGGCUUGAGGGGCCCUUCUCCUGCUAGGCUGUCACCAGCUCCCGCCAUGACGAAGAAGGCUGCAAGGACACCAAGUCCCGAGAAGAAGGGCGGCAUGCUGAGGACCCUGAGACCAGGCAAGAAGGACGGAGAGAGAGCACAAUCCUCCUCGAAAAUGCCUUCUUCCAUGAGGAGCAAGCCCCCAGCUGCUGCAAAGGCAGCUACCCAAGCUUGGGGGUCUAACUCGAGAUUGAGUGCUGGGCAACUCUAUUCUCAACGAGAGCCUAGCAAGGAGUCGAUAUCUGCAGCAAAUGACUCUUCAAACCGUUCAUCUUUCGAAAGACGGUCUUCUCGAGAUGACACAGACCGUUCCACAUCCAGAACAACCAGCAACAACACCGAGCCUGGUCCUAGUCCCUUCUAUUUCAAGUACAACGAGCCUCCCAGCAUUGCAGAAGCUUCGGCACAUACCAGAGCCCAACACACACCCCUCCCCGUAUCAAUGCCCCAAGAGCCCCAAAGAUCACCACGGUCACGCCGAGACGCACCUCCCACACCUCCACCACACAAGUACCAUGCCAAAUCUUCUCAAAACCAACCCAAUGAGGCCAGAACCCCGCAACGGCAAGGUGCUAAUAUGCUGUCGUAUAGGAACGAGUAUCCGAAAGCAGAAGGAAAGUCUCGAAAACUUGCAAACACAGCAGCUUCGCGAGUACGGACUGGCCGAGGGCCUAAUGGUUCGCCAGUGAUGCUGGAGGAUGAAUUUAGUAUCGGGCCCUCGAAAGCAGCGCCGCACCGCAAAGGAAUUCAUUCUCGAUCUGCUCGGUCUCCUCUUGAUACAGACUCAGAGAGUGGAGACGAUGCUAUGAAUAGCGGUAUUGAAGACCUCUCCCUGAGGCCAAAUCGUCAAAGAAGGUCGCGGGCAGACACCAUUCGCGCAGAUCUCCCUCCGACGCCAACUUCUCAGGAGUCCGAAGAUGAAAAAGAGAGCCGCGUUGAGUCUGACCAGUGGAAAGAGAAAGUAGACCACCUCAUGAAAAAUCUACCAAAAGGCGUCGAUGAAGCUGCAGCAAAGCAGAUUUUCAACGAGAUCGUGAUACAGGGUGAUGAAGUUCACUGGGACGAUGUGGCCGGACUAGACAUUGCAAAAUCAGCGCUUAAGGAAACCGUUGUCUAUCCUUUCCUCCGGCCCGAUCUAUUCAUGGGUCUACGCGAACCAGCAAGAGGCAUGCUUCUUUUCGGCCCACCAGGAACUGGAAAAACGAUGCUGGCACGCGCUGUAGCGACUGAGUCUAAAUCCACCUUCUUUGCCAUUUCCGCAAGCAGCUUGACAAGCAAAUUCCUUGGUGAGUCGGAAAAGCUCGUCCGCGCCCUUUUCCAGCUUGCCAAAGCUCUCGCCCCUUCGAUCAUCUUCGUCGACGAAAUCGACUCUCUACUCUCGUCGCGCUCUGGCGGAGAGCAUGAAGCGACACGCCGAAUCAAGACGGAGUUCCUGAUACAGUGGUCGGAUCUCGCGAAAGCGGCGGCCGGACGAGAGCAGAGCGAACGGGAUAGAGAGAGGGGCGAUGCGAGUCGCGUGCUAGUCCUCGCUGCCACUAAUCUGCCGUGGGCUAUCGACGAGGCCGCGAGGAGGCGAUUUGUGAGGCGGCAGUAUAUUCCCCUGCCAGAAGAUCACGUUAGAAAGACGCAAUUGAGUACGCUAUUAAGUCAUCAGAAGCAUGAGCUCACGGAUCGGGACCUGGACGCUCUGAUCGAGCUAACAGAUGGCUUCUCCGGUUCCGAUAUCACCGCCCUCGCCAAAGACGCCGCCAUGGGCCCGCUCCGCAGCUUAGGCGAGAAGCUACUCCAUAUGACCAUGGACGAGAUCCGCCCGAUCCAGUUCGAAGACUUCGUUGCGAGUUUGUCGACGAUUCGGCCUAGCGUGAGUAAGGAAGGCCUCAAGCAGUUCGACGAAUGGGCGAGGGAGUUUGGAGAGAGGGGAGGUUGAUUGGGCGUAAAGGAUGCCCUUGACCGUAGGAUUGUUAAGCGCAUUAUAUGAUCGUAAGGAGUAAGGAAAUUCGCCUGGGAUGGGUUACGGGAUGGUAAGCGGCUGCAUUGGUAUGCGUAUUAUGUAUAGAGAUAUCAAGGAUGAUGUCCAUACCUGAGGGUCUCAUGGGUGCUAACGAAAGACUAUGAGUCCUCGUGCUAGAUCUGCACAUAUGAAAAGUAGUAUCGUAUCUGGAUUCUUACUUUAUCACUACCAGCCACAAAGCACGUAUACUUAUGAAAAGAUCAAGCAACUCUUCCGCCUGGGAGGUCCCAAGGCCCCCAAGCCGCGAUAGCGGCAACCUUUGAUGAAUCGUUGGGGUGAAGCAGGGUGAGGUAGCUAGUGAAUGAUGACCUGAAAAG